UGGGCCAAUGACUGGCUACCCUUGGUGUUGCAUAGCCGUUGAUAGAUGGGACAAAAAAGAAAAUCCAGGCGUCUCUAGACGUGUUUCCGCGGAAAAACAUGUGUAUACGGUACCAGGCCAGGGUGGUUGGGGUUUUAGAGAGACAAAAUGAUGUUUCCAAUGUUGAUCAAUGGUGGGUAUAAGUGUAUGAUCCAUGAAUGGAGCAAUGAAUUGAGUUGCAGCUAUGUGUAUAUGUGGGUGAAUGAGAGACAGCCAGCCGCUGCAGUGUAUGGAAUCGGAUGUGUUCCACAGAGUAUAUCAAGUAUUUGACAAAUGUUUCCAGAGAAGAAGACAUGUGCACCAUAAUGAACCUGGGUUUGCCAUCAAUUCAUCAGUCAUCCUUCUUUACUGUUGUCUUUACUUCGACUCUGAAAAGCAAAGCAAGAUCAUUCAAUUCCAUUCAGUUUGAUAGAAAUUCAAAUAGUAUUUGGGAGAAAUGUAUGGUUUUGGUGGUUGGGUUUCUCAGAUUUUUUAAUGAAGCCCCAGCGCCCGUACUUCCCUUGAGGAAUUAUGAUUAGUUUUCUCCUGCAAUUCUUAUUAUUUUCUCCACACCAAGCAAAAGGGGGAGUACAUAGAGCAAAGGAAACCCACUUUUUGUUUUGUUUUGAAAGGGAAGUGGUGGUGGAGAGAUUUUCAUAGUGAUUUUGUGUAAUCAACAGCAAAGAUGGUGAAGAAGACAAGAAAAGCACUAACUUCUAAGUCAUCUUCAUUGGUAACUAGAAGAGUUCCUGAGUUCUUCAAGAUCUUUUUAUCCCCUGAAAGCUUCUACAAAAUGAAAGUCCCGGUAGAGUUCUUAGAACAAUUAACAUGUGGAAUUCCUGGAUCAUUUUCUUUAUGUGGUCCAAGUGGAAAAGUUUGGAGAGUCCGCUUGCUUGAGAUGGGUGACGGCUAUUACUUUAAAGACGGAUGGGAAGACUUUGUGAUUGAUAACUUCAUGAGCAAUAAAGAUUUUUGUGCUUUUAAAUAUGUUAGCAAGAAUUGUUUACAAGUGCAAAUAUUUGAGCGAAAUGGAUGUGAAAAAGAAUCUGCAUUUAAAGCCAAUUGCAGUCAAGCAUCUACAACCAAUUUUUCUGCAAGACACAAGGGGAAAAAGGCAGUGAAGAAUCAAGGUAAGUUUCCAAUAUUUAAAGGUCGGGCAUCUACAAUGAAUCUUUCUGCAAGAUGUUGGGGGGGAAAGGCAGUGAAGAAUCAAGGUAAGUUUCCAAUAAUUAAAGGUCGAGCAUCUACAAUGAAUCGUUCUGCAAGAUGCUGGGGAAAAAAGGCAGUGAAGAAUCAAGGUGAAAGACUAGGGGGACCUUUUAUAUCACGAAGACGUGACAUCACAGUGGAAGCAGAACAUAUGGCACUGAAUGCAGCACUUGGGUUUGUCUCUAAAAAGCCCUAUGCAAUGAUCACUAUGCGGAAAUCCCAUGUUUAUACUGGUUUCUGUUUGCCAUUGCCACGCUCAUUCUGGAAGGCGCAUCUUCCUGACUGCAGUCAAGAAAUGACUUUAAGGGAUCCUCGUGGAGAAACAUGGAGUGUCAGGCUUUACGUGAAUCAAAUUCACCAGGUUGGACAACUUACUGAAGGGUGGCGUAAGAUUUCCUUCACAAACAACAUUGAAGCUAGUGAUGUAUGCAUCUUCGAACUCGUGAAACCAAACGAGUUCAAGUUGCAUAUUUUCAGGGUUAUAGAAGAGAUCAUACCAUUGAGAAGGCAACGUGAUAUGUGAACUUAAAGUUACAGUAAGUUAUUACAGCACAUAAAAUAUUUUGCUUCCAAUGCAUUUUAUAUAUGAUCUAGCUUUAGUAUUUCUGAAAAUUAGGUUUCUUUUGGUUGUUUCAAUAGGAUGAUGGAUGACUGUAAUAUUGUUCUUCAGAUUGUAGACCUUUGACAAACAUCAUGUUA